GAUAGAAAUGUGGUUUUAAUAAACAAUCUCGUGGCUAAGCGGAGGCAACUACACUUAUACACGUAAUAUACGACGGAAUGCAUGUGCAUUUCGUGCGAGCACUUGUCCUGAAGGCACUAACAUAUAACACUGGAUAAACAAGGGUGGAGGAUUUAUCAUGGCAUUUCUGACGUGGCAGGGACGACGGUACACUAACGGGGCACCCUCGUCCGGAGUCGCUGUAGAUGACCAAUGCCUGCAGGUAUUCGAAGAAAUGAAACUGGGGCACAAAUGGAGCUACGUGGUAUACAAAAUAACGGACGACAAGAAGCGGAUCGUCGUGGACACGAAGGCUGCAGAUAGAAGUUACGACGAUUUUAAACAAAUAUUGAUGAACGCUUCAAAUAAUGGACUAUGUCGAUAUGGAGUUUUUGAUGUAAAAUUUACAACGCGAGGCGACCAAGUUAGAGAAAAGCUAGCAUUCUUUCAUUGGAGUCCGGACUCGUGUAAAACCAUGGAGAAGAUGCUUUACUCUUCCAGUCUGAAGGAGCUGAAGAGUAAGCUGAAAGGAGUGCACACAGAAAUUCAGGCUAACGACGAGGACGAUCUGGCGCUGUCCAAUGUAUUGGACAGAUGUACGGACAAAUAUACAUAGCCAUCACGUGACCAGCAGACAGACAUCACAACGAUACAACGGACGAAGGACACAUCUCGUUAUUUAAUCAUUGUGAACACCAGCACUGGACAGACAAUUUCACCAAUAUUUUUAAAAAGAAACGUCUAGAAGACACUUAUAAACGAAAUAUUAAUGUCUAUAUGUCCGAGCUAUCUAUAAGUCUCUCGCAUAGUUCGUCUGUCCAAAAUUAAAGCUUUGUUUGAUAUGGAUGUCGCAGUGGAAGGACCGCAGUUAAGAGCAUCUAGAACAGUACUUAACGACAACGGGAUUAUUAUACAGAUAAUAUAUUUAUUUAUUUGUUAUAGUGAUAAUAUUGGUCACAAUAUUCUCCGAGAUUUUUUUAGUUUGAACAGCGUUACAAAUAUACAGAGUUUAUACGUGAUGCAGUGACGAGAUUUUAUUUUAUAAUGUAGCGAAAAAGUGCCUGACACACAUGCAUUUAUUUGCCAUGGUUGAAUUAUAUGUAUACAUCUAUAUCCAACUUGUCAUUCCAAGCUAACCAGACCUACACAAUGCUGACAAUACUUACACUAGGUUUACAGAACUAUGAAUUGUUACUUAACUUCUGACGGAAAACCACAUGCUUGUUAAUGCGCACGUGUAUUGAAUUAUAGAAAAUGUAGAGCACAGAUUUAAACAUGUUACCGUGUAUAAGGCGAGAGUUCUCUCAGUGCGGCCACAGGGACGAAAGUGGGGAGCGUCUGAACAACGUGCAACGAGGCGGGAACGAAGUCGGCUACCUGCACACGAGUUUAUAGAGAGGCGCACUCUGUAAAGUCUGGACUUCAGGUGUGUGAGCUUUGUACUUUAACUGGCAAGGCACAAACGGAACUGUAACGUUAAUAGGCCGUUUUACAUUAACUGUCGUGUUUAUUAGAUUUUCGUAAAAGCGCCUUUCUUUCAAUAAGAUUGUCAAAAUACCAUGUGCGUUAGCUUCGAGAGAAGGACGUCGGGGAAUUGCACAUUCUCUUAUCAUCAAGCGAAUUUCAUAUUAAAAUAUUCAUAGCCAUA